AUGGAUCCAGCCGUCGAGCGGAUACGAGAAUAUGCGCGUGAUGCCCGCGCGCGCCAGGACGAUGCUGUCGACUUUGACCCGGCCGACACGGAGGCUCGCCUGGCGCAGACGGUGAAGGAGCUGCAGGCACGCGUACAGGAACAACAAGCAGCGCUGGACCAGCUACGCUCUCAAUCCAGCAUCGACCUGGAAACCGCCGCCUAUGCAUCAGAGGACCCGCGCCAGAGGCUGCAGCAACUCGUGGCUGUCAAAGACGCAUACAAGCGCUUGACGCCAACAGCCACCUAUUUGCCUCCCCAGGCAUCCCUUCUGCCCGCCCUGUUGGCAGCACGUACUCUCCAGCAAAACGUCCAGGGAACCAAGGAAGCCUUUGCUAGCACGCAAUCUCAGCUAGAAUCCAAAGAGACGGCUCUUCGUCGCGAAGAAGCCAACCUACGUGAUGCCAACCGCCUCACCCAGGCCAUGCAAGACCGCAUUGAGCGGCUGCGUGCACAGCACCAGGACCGCUCCCAAAAGACUCCUGCUCAACUCGCACGCGAUCUGAUUGCCGCCAAACGUGCCCAGAAAGAGCACUACGACGAAGAGAUGCAGCGCCUUGGCGGGGCCAUGAAUGACUUUAUCAACGACUACCUCUCCACCAUGCUCGCAGCCGAAGAGCUAGGCGGGCCCGUGGUAGGCGAGAUGCUCGAUGUAGACGACGACACACUAGCUGCGGGCUUCACCAGAAAAGGGCGCGCAAAGUCGACCAAGAAGCCUCCAUCCGACAAGACACGGCAGCGCAGAAUCGAUGACAUCUGGGGCAAGAAGGCGGUUGUCGAGCAAGACGACGAGGAAGAGCCGCCAACGGAAGCUGAAGCAGCCGACGCAGAGAUGCGGCAAUUGAUAGGCAACCUGUUUGCUACUCUGAUGGGGCCUGGCAAAGGCAACGCCUACCUCCAGCUCCAGCGGGAUUCUGCGGCUUCGAGAUUCCUGGUCAGGGCGAGGAUUGCCCAAUUCCACCCCAAGGAUGCGACCAAGCUGCGAUUGAUCGACUUUGGACGGGAGCUAGAUGACUAAGGGCGUUGAGUUAGUACAGAUGCGCAAUGACAUUCAGCCCAGCCAUUGGCUCUUGCAAGACGCUCAGAAAGAGACGGUGUAGCUCCGCUUGACGUGUUGUUCUAGCUUGGCGUGAAGCACACGCGUUUGCUGAGCUGUGGCGGUGCGCUGCUAACCCCUUCCAACACACGAUGCAUUCCGCGUUGGCUAUAUUCCUUUUGUACCGUAUCAAUAGCUUGGCCGGGCUUCCUCCUGCCACUUCCUGCGACGCAC